AACAAUAUGCAGAAACAAGUGGAGGUCCGAAUGCACGAGAGUGACCUUGAACCUCCAGUUCCUCCACCCGAGCCAGCAUGUGGAGGCCUCUGCGACAAAAUCAUGAAGAACUUGCUUCUGACACUCACAAUUCUUGGUGUGAUCUUAGGUUCAGUAGCUGGUGUUCUUCUGCGAUAUGCAUCUCCACUCCCUCCUGACGUCAUCAUGAUCAUUGCCUUUCCUGGUGAUAUUCUCAUGAGAAUGCUGAAGAUGCUGAUUUUGCCUCUAAUCAUCUCCAGUUUAAUCACAGGGCUGGCUGGGUUAGACGCCAAAUCUAGCGGUCGUCUUGGCACAAGAGCCAUGGUGUACUACAUGACUACAACCAUCAUCGCUGCUGUCCUGGGUGUGAUUCUGGUGCUGGCGAUCCACCCUGGCAACCCCAAGCUGAAAGCUAACCUUGGAGAAGGGAAGAAGAAUGAUGAAGUGUCCAGUUUAGAUGCCUUCUUUGAUCUCAUCAGAAACCUCUUCCCAGAGAAUUUGGUGCAGGCUUGCUUCCAGCAGAUCCAGACUGUUUCAAAUAAAGUAGAAGUAGCUCCGCCUCCUCAUCCAAAUCGAUUUGGACGAAAUGCCACCAAGGGUGCAGCUAAAUACGUCAUCAAGAAAUCUCUUCAGUUCAAGAGUGGCAUGAACGUUUUAGGUCUUAUUGGCUUCUUUGUGGCAUUUGGAAUCUGCAUGGGAAAAAUGGGCGAGAGGGCCAGGCUGAUGCUGGACUUCUUCAAUGUCCUCAACGAAAUUGUAAUGAGGCUGGUCGGCAUGAUCAUGUGGUAUUCCCCUGUGGGCAUUGCAUGCCUGAUCUGUGGAAAGAUUAUUUCCAUUAAUGAUCUGGAGGGGGUGGCCCGGCAACUGGGGAUGUACAUGGUCACUGUCAUUGUGGGCCUUAUCAUCCAUGGUGGCAUUUUCCUCCCAUUGAUAUAUUUCAUCAUCGUCCGGAAAAACCCUUUCAAAUUUUUUAUGGGAGUAUUUCAGGCCUGGGUCACUGCCUUAGGAACAGCCUCCAGUGCUGGCACGUUGCCUGUUACCUUUCGUUGCCUGGAGGAAAAUCUAGGCAUUGAUAAGAGAGUAACCCGCUUUGUCCUUCCCGUUGGUGCUACCAUCAACAUGGACGGUACGGCCCUUUAUGAGGCAGUGGCAGCCAUCUUCAUUGCACAGAUGAAUGGAGUACAGCUUGACCCUGGUCAGAUUGUCACAGUCAGCCUGACAGCCACUCUAGCUAGUGUAGGAGCAGCCAGUAUUCCCAGUGCUGGCUUGGUCACCAUGCUUCUGAUCUUGACUGCUGUGGGACUGCCAACCCAAGACAUCAGUUUACUGGUGGCAGUCGACUGGCUAUUGGAUCGUUUCCGAACAUCUGUCAAUGUUGUUGGAGACUCCUACGGGGCAGGCAUUGUGUACCACCUCUCCAAAGAUGAGCUGGACAUGUUUGACGCCCAGCAGAAGGCAGAUGACUUUGAGAUGACGAAGACACAAUCCUUCUAUGAGAAUAACACUAACCAUGGCGUAUAUGUGUCACGCAACUCCUGUCCACAAGUCCUGAUAGAUGACUGCAAGGUAACCUUGGCCCCAAAUGGUUCCCCUGCGGAGUUCUCUCUUGUUGAGGAGGAACCUUGGAUACAAGAGUAA